AACCGAUAAGACGUGUUUUCGUUACAAAGGUCUUCCCUAAAACAUAACUUUCAACAGGUUAUGGGCCCAGAAGGACGCUAAAGGCCAUAACGAAGUUAUAAUUAAAACACGUUUUUUUAAGAAAAAAUUCGAGAAAAAAUUAUUUUAAUUUGAUUCCUCUAUCAGCAAUUUUUCAAGAUGGCUAACAGCGGACUACCAGGAAUUGAAAAAUUAAAGGGUCGUGACAAUUAUGAUUCAUGGAAAUUUUCUGUCCAAGCAUAUUUGGAGCUGGAAGAUUUGUGGUCAUGCGUUAAAGCUGACGGAGAGGAUGCGAAAAGAAUAGCUAAAGCUAGAGCUAAAAUUAUUUUGUUGGUUGAUCCUGUGAACUACGUUCAUAUUCAAGCAUCCAAAACAGCAAAGGAAGCAUGGGAUAAUCUUGAGAAGGCUUUCCAGGACAAUGGACUGACGCGAAGAGUUGGACUGCUCAAGAAAUUGAUCACGACGAGACUGGAGAAUUGUUCAUCCGUAGAGGAUUAUGUUAAUACUGUAAUCACUACGGCUCAUAAGCUGAAUGGCGUUGGAUUAACGGUCAGUGAAGAAUGGGUUGGAACAAUUUUACUCGCAGGUUUAUCCGAAGAAUAUAAACCUAUGAUCAUGGGUAUUGAAAGUUCCGGCGUAUCCAUUACUGGUGAUGUUAUCAAGAUGAAGAUCCUUCAAGACGUAAAAACAGAAGAUGUUGAAGCGGUUGCUUCACUUUAA